AUGAUUGUCUUCCGGAACGGCAGGAUUUUUAGUCCUAAAAAGGACGCCCCAACUGAGAAUGAAUUCUCGGGUAGUUUUGUGGUCUCCGGCGAAAUCAUAACACAUGUUGGAUACGAGGUAGACGAGGCUGUUAGAACAGCCAAAGAAGAAGGUGCGGAAGUGAUUGAUCUGCAGGGCCGAGUGGUCUUGCCGGGAUUUAUUGAUGGCCACACGCAUUUUCUCCUCUUCGGUCUAGCUCGACAGAAACUGGAUCUUAGUGACUGCAAAACUUUCGAGGACAUCGAGAAUUCUCUUCGCACAUAUGCCAAGGCGCAUCCAGAGCUGCCACGGCUUCUCUGCCGGGGUUGGCAUCAGCCGUCAACCAACAGAAAAGCGCUCGCGAGCAUGAUCGAUCACAUUGAUUCUCGCCCCAUUUUUAUUGAGGCCUUGGAUCUCCAUUCCACUUGGUGCAAUACUGCUGCGCUGAACGAAUUGGGAGUCAAGGCGAUACCAGACCCGAUGGGAGGCAAGAUCCAUCGUGACGAAAACGGACAGCCUUCGGGUCUUCUAGAUGAGACCGCCCAGACAGGAAUUGUAUGGCCGCAUUUGAUGAAUGUCUGCACCAUGGAGGAGAGACUAUAUGCAUUGGAUGAUGCUCUUAGAGUCUACCUUGAGUCCGGAUAUACAGGACUGGUCGACAUGGCCAUGGACAAUGGUGCAUGGGAGGCCUUGAGGUUGCUGCGAGCUAGACAAGACGUCCCAAUUCAUAUUGCAGCUCACUGGUAUAUCCCAUUCACCGACGAUGAUGAAGAGCUGUCAAGGCAUAUCGAAGAAGCAAUUGCAAAGCAUCAGGAGUUUCACCCAUCUGAUUCUCCAGACUUCUGUGUGGUUGGUAUCAAAAUCAUUUCCGACGGUGUGGUUGACGGCUGUACCGCGGCUCUCAGUCAUCCUUACAUCCAAACCGAUGGCGCAACUUGUGUGAAUCCAAUCUGGUCUGUGGAUGGCAUGAGAAAGGUGGUCAAAAAGGCUGUAGAUGCGGGUUUGCAAGUUGCAAUCCAUGCUGUCGGCGAUGUAGCCAUCAAGCAAGCCAUCGACAGCAUUGCUGCCACCAACAUUCCCAGCAGAAGACAUCGCAUUGAGCACCUCGAGCUUGCUUCAGUGGAGGACGGGAAGCGGCUAGGCCAGCUGGGGAUCACCGCGUCCGUCCAGCCCGUUCAUUCUGACCCAGCACUCACCAAGGACUACCCUCGGAUUUUGCAACCUCAUUUAUGGGAACGCGCAUUCCCAUAUCGGGAGUAUCUCGAGGGGAACGCCUGUCUAGCUUUCGGGACGGAUGCGCCAACAGCACGACAUCUACCCUUGCCGAACCUGUACAACGCCACCGUUCGGAAAUCGGCCCUCGAGCCUCAAUCAGAUCAAAUGACUAACCCUGAUGGCGCGAUCACACUCCUACAGGCGGUCGCCGCAGCGACCUACGGUGCUGCGUUUUCGCGAUUCGCUGAGGGCUGGGUGGGGAGCAUCGCCGCCGACCAUCGGGCGGAUUUCAUAGUGCUGGAGACAGAAUGGACGCCAGAGACAUUGCUGAAUACAAAAAUAUAUCAAACCUGGGUCAGGGGAAGAAAGGUGUUUGAAUGCCAACCCAUUAGCUAG